CACCCUCCGCCCUCCCGCCGCUGUGUGUUUACAUCGCGCAGGACGAGCCGGAGCCCCAGCGCCCGGGGACUCGGGGACGCAGCCGGCCGCCUGCCCGCCCUCCAUCCCCGCCGGGCGGCGCUCCGGGAGACGCGGCAUGAAGGGACCUACCUUAGAAACACAGAUGGUGGAAGAUGAAACUGAGACAACAAGUGAAGAAUUGCCUCCUCAUCUGCGGGAAGAGCCUCCCGAAGGUUUGUUUUCAAACCCAAGAGAUUCGGAACAGCGUUUGGCAGUAGUCCCUCCUCAGCCCUGGGUUUGACAGGCUCAGCAAGAUGCCUUUAAUCUGCCCAGACGGUAUAUGCCCAGCCAGGCCCAUAUGGCCCAGAGACUAUCCACAAAGCUAAAAUUUUCUGCACAAAGAUCUCCCGAAUGAAAUAUGGUGCUGAUCAAUGCAGUGUGGCUUCCCAUGCCAGCAAGGACCAUCCGCAGCAGCAGGCAGGGGUGAUCUGGAGAGUGACGGGUGGCCUUUUCAGUAUCACCCGGGGAGCCGUGGGGGCCACGCUGGGAGGAGUUGCCUGGGUGGGCAGCAAGAGCCUGGAGCUCACCAAAACAGCCGUGACCAGCGUCCCCGCUGCUGGCGUUGGACUGGUGAAGGGCAGCGUCUCGGCAGUGACCGGCGGCGUUGGAGCCGUGGGCAGUGCAGUCGCCAGCAAAGUCCCUUUCACCGCAAAGAAGAAGGACAAGGCUGACUAAGCCCCGUCGCAGCUCCCUUCCGAGAGAUCAACCCGCCCGUACUCUCCCCCUACACAGCACCUCUUUGAGUUGGAACCAGCUGCUUCAGGGAGGGUCAAGCACCUGAGCAGACUCCGGCUGCAGCCUGCUCAGCACCGCCUGCCUGGCUCAGCUUACAGAGCCGCUGUCAAUGCCUUUCACUCCCAUCACCUACUGGGAACCAUCUUUACUCCGAGGGCUUUAAAGGCGCCGUUGUCUCUGUCUUGCCGUUUCCUUCCUCCCUUCUUGCUCUUGGCCCAUCCCACAAGCUGCUUCCAACUACUUACUCCCUGCCUGAAUUGCACCCUUCAGAGAAGGAACCUUCAAGCUCAGCGGAGCAGCUCCAGGGAUGAUGCCACACAGGAGCAUGAUAUGUCCUGGGCCAUCGACUUCUGCACAGAUUCUCUUGGUGAGAGGCAGGAGGAUGCGAGCUGCUGUGUGUUCCCAUCUGGGGAAGGAGCUGACAGUGGCAUCUGCCAGGCCCCUCUGUGAUAUUGCAGCACAGGUAGCGAUGCUCCGGAGAGACAAACUUUGGGUUUGACCCUUGAAGUCCUCGCAGCAUCCCUAUCUGCAAGAGGGGCAUUUUGACUCCAGGCCACACUCUCACACCACAGACAUCCCUAGUAACCAUGAGCAAGCGUGUUCCCAAACGCCACCCAAGCUCUGCUGCAGGGAGGGAGGGAGGGGAGGCUGAGAGCAUUGCUCUCCCUGUGACUCAGCACCCUGGGAGCGGUGGCCUGGGUGUGAGUGGGCUGUGCCGCGGUGGAGAGCGCUUCCCCGAGGGGCUGAGCGUGCUCCAGUGGCAACCAGCCUGCACGGGGCACCAGCAACUCCUCCUCCUCCACUCGCUGCUCCUGGGGCUCCAGCCCAGCUCCUCUAAAUGACCAUGUUGCACUAAACAGCCCACCCACACUUGUAGUGCCGCAGAAACCCAGACACCUGCACCCAUCUGGGAGUCACAGCCAUCCUCAGCCUGGCCCGUCAUACUCGAGGGGCCACGUGGCAUCCCACACAUACGUGCACACACACACACACGCGCGCACGCACUCUCCCUCCAAGAUGCCCUGUAACUUUGGGGAUGAGGAAAGCCGCAGGCUCCACUGUUAACUCUGCUGCUCCUGGCUUUGGCAGGUGAUUAGCCUAGGUUGUUAGGUGUUGGAUGCAUAGGCAAGUGAAGCAGUGCUUGCGCUGUAUUUUAUAAAUAUGCACCUGUGUUAACGUGUAUCAGUCCACAGGCGUGUCUUCAGCCAGGGAGACGGCACCGUGCCACUGCCGCGGAGGAGUUUGCAUAGUCAUCUUUGGCACUUCCAGCAUAUAGUUUUUAUAUAGGGUCCCGGUUAAAAUAAAAAUCAUGUUUUAGAGGAUGUUUUCCCCCCUGUUGGCCAGUGCACAGUUUAUUGAAGCCAAAGGAAUGUGAAAAAUCCCCUUUCUCCCGUCUUUGCGGUUUGUUUACUUUCGGCCCUGUCUUUUGGACAUUGAAGCCAACUCGCCUGAUCUUCAUUUCCUGCUGGAGGUCGCGGCGCGUCCUGGCCGCUCUCUUGUGCUUCGGACUCAGACGUCAGGGAAUAUUUAAGUACAGCCCCCCGCCCCCCGCCACCAUCUUUGCUGAGCAUUCUUGGGCUUGUGAAGCCAUUUUCAUUCUGCCCUUUAUUAAAUCCACAUUUUGGGCCUGACGUGAGUGGCUGUGUCCCUGUGCUAGUCACGCUGGUGCCCGUCUGCCCCCGUUACCUUCGCCUGGUAGUCUCUGCCGUUCGCAGUGCUGAGGAGUUGCUGAUCCCCACAGCGCGUUACUCCUGAUAGCACGACAAUGGUUUAACUGACAUCUUGUGUUUCUGAAGAGGAAACGGCAUUCCGGGGGGUGUGUGCAUUUCCUCACUUUGUCUCUUUUGUUCUGGUGGAGGCCAAGUUGACCCAGACUUGUUGGGUUUGUCUCUGAAGGCAGCGGCUUCACAGAAAGAUCAGGCCUUGAUGUGUGCCUGCUCUGUGCUGGGAUGCUCGUGGCAGCUGGCAAGGCCAGAAGUCUUGUCUGUUCUUCCUUUGUCUCAAAUGCCCUGCGAAGCAGGAGGACGGUUUGUGCUGCAUGGAUCUCUGCUCGCUGCUCUCCCUGAGCAUAUCUCAUUUCUUAUUCCAGGUCACAGACUGGUCCUGGAGCAAGCCCUAACCCCAAAGCUAAAAGCUGCUUGUGCGCAACUUGCCGUGCUGUCAUCAGCCCUCGUAGAAAGAGAAUCUCUUACCCACUGGGAUGGAAGGCGGUCUUCUUCCUGACCGCCCCUCCCAGGCCUCAUACAGGAGACGGUGGUGUCUAAGGGGCUUGACUUCACCGGCCACCCCUGGGCAGGUGAUGGGAAGCUCGUCACACUUUUGGCUGACCAGUAUCCCACGCUGGCUCUUGCAUCCUUUCCACGCUGUUGUCUGCAGGCACUGUGUGUGCAGAGCAGGCAUAGGAAAUAGGGCAGACGUGCUCUAGGGAUGGCCACAGGGGUCCUGAGGGGUCCCCAUCUUCUUGUUUCUGCUCUUCUGUGUGUCCUUGCGGCAAAUGGAGUAAAGCUUUCCAUUUGCCUGGAUCGGCCGUUUCCUUGCAGGGUGGCCUGGAGAAGGGGAGACGGGGUGUGAGGCAAUCUCCCAGCCUAAAUUGCUGUUAUGUGGACCAUAAACAGCAACAGAGAUCAAAUUAGCAGGCAGAGGUAGAAUAUUAAAUCUAUUCCAAAACCAGGGCUUCACACCGCUUAGCAGGCAUGCAGGAAUACGUAACUAUGCAGGACUCGGAGGCCGCUGGAAGGUAUGUCUGUUAGCGUGCUAGGCUUGCUCGGUUCAGCCAGGUGACCCAGCCCCCGGCUGCUUUUCUGUGCACUCUUGGUGCCAGGGCAGAAGGAAGGCAGGGUCGGUGUUCCCAGUCUAAGAGCAAAGAUGCCUCCUGACAGCUUGGGUUGCGGAAUCUGGAUGCGCCGGGGAAGCUGCUGGCUCCUGACGGAUGCCCCAUCUUUCCUUCGCCCACCGCCUCUUCGUGGUAAGAAGGGCAUGAAUUACAUUGUGCGUAGAUCCCAUUGCUAAUGGGGGGGUGGGGGGUGGGGCUUGGUACAAAACUGGGGAGGGGCAGCACUCGAGGUGGGGGGAAGGACUGAAGGGAGUUAGUAUAAGGAACGUCAGCAGUUUUCAGGUGACAGAAGAUGCGGAGGGACUGAUGACAGGAGGAGGCAAGGAGCGGGGAAGCAAGAAAAGGCGGAGUGGAGGGAAUUUGUUUCUUGGGACAGACUGUGGAUCGGAGGAUGAACACGGGAGUUUGUCCUAGGGAAGAGUGCAGCAAAGGAUGUGGGUGUAUGUGGGGUUCGGGGUGUGGUGGUGGUCCACGCUGGCUGGCACCCUGCUUCCAGAGUAGUGACGAUUGCCAGGGGUUCCCAUUGAUCAACAUGCCCAAUGGAUGAUCCGGGCACUGGCUCAGCUCCCUCCUCACCACCCCUGUUCCCAGAUCUCCCCCAGCCUGUUGUCAUCAUCUCCCCGUGGGGGGGGGGGGCAUGUUCCCAUGGUGGAUGUGGGACACGGCCCUACGCGCAGCCCCUGCCCCACCACAGCUGGACGUUCCCCGUGCCCAGGGAACAUGUCCCAGCUGAGGGGAGAGCCCACAGGCGCAUCCGCUCCUCCCUUCUCCCUUUGCUCUUCUCGCUAUCCUCUUUCUUUCUUAUCCUUCCUUAGCUUUCUGUCUUGCCCCUGGGUAGAGCUCUCCAAAGCUCCUGCUGAGACCUUCGUUAAGCAUCCACAUUCGUUAAGCAUCCACACUCGUACUGGCUGGGGGAGGGGGAGAGAGGAUGACUCCCCCCACAGCUCUUCUGGCUGGGAGAGAAGUGCAUGUCUUCCACCCCCUUCGUGUUUUGGUGCGUGUGGAAAACCUUAACCCACUUCUUUUCCUCUGGGUUCCCUCCUUGGCUCUUGUCCCUGCGGGUGGGUCAUUUCUGCAUCUCCAUUGCAAAAUCGUCCUUGUGAAAACGGCAGGGUUGAGUGGGAGCGUGGAGGUGGCUGGAGAGAGCUGCAGGCUGCUGGGGCCCGACCCUGCUUCUCCAGGUGCCCUUGGGCAGCCCCAGGACGCGCUGCGGCCACGUGUCCCGUGCGCGCUGCUGGGCUCCGGAGAACACUUUUGUUCUUUAUCAUUCCGUUGUCUGUAAUUGGUUUCCUACUGAAUUUGUUUGCUUGGUUUGUUUUGCAGUGUGUUUCUGGGAAUAUUCUGCAUCUCUGUAUUUUAAUUACAGUAAAAUUUGAGGAUAAA